AUGUUGUUACAAUCCAUCGUGGGUCUUGUGUACGCGGGCGCGAUCCCCGUCGCUUUAGCUGCAGCGGCGAAUACCCCUGUCAGCUACAACGUCAGCUAUGAAGCUUGGAACUUUGAACCUGUCGGUUGUGUGUUGGAGCCGGCGGCGACGGGCAACUUCACCGCGAACGAAUGCGUCGACCUCAACAUUUACUUCGGCAAGUUCACCCUCGACACCUCCGAUGAGCAGUGCACGCUCUCUUACUGGAACCAGACCGGAUGCGAAGGACAACAGGGCUCCCCGAUCGCGCUCAUUGGCGAGCAAGAAACGGAUUGCGAGCCGCUCGUUAUCCUCCCUUCUCAGUUCUUCGGGGUCGGAAACCCUGCCAGGGAGACCGCGAAGUCUCUCAGAGUGGAUUGUAUGAGCACUUGA